AUGCAAUUUCAACGAAGUUUUUCAGAAUAUUACCCUUUAAUUGAGCCUAAUAGUAAAAGCAAUAACGAAACUAUAUCAGGAACUGGCAAUUAUUACAUUCAUCAUGCAAUAUUUUCUUUCCAUUAUCGAAAUACAGCAAUUUCCCUUGAUUCGAAGAGUAAAGUAUUACUCGAAACAUGUACAUUUUACAAUAACAGCUCCACGCAAAGUGGUGGAUCAAUUUAUAUCAAAGAAUCUGAAUGUGUCUUGAUUCAUAUUUGUAUAUCACUUUCAUCAACUAUUCUAGAUUAUAAUUGGGGAUGCGCAUAUUACAUUCAAUCAGUUGAAAAUAGUAACAAUAAAAAUUACGCAUUUGAAUGUUCGGUUUCAAAAUGCAAUGGACGCUAUGCUUCUCUUUGUCAUGAAUAUGGAUUUAUCCAAAUAAGUAAUAUGAAUACAUCUUAUCACAAAAUUCCUAGAGUUGCUGCAUAUGGCAUUACAGAAACAGAAGGUACAAUAAUUGUGAAAUUUGCAACAGCAUCAAAUACUACAUCUUCAGAAUAUUGUGGAAUAGCGCAUUUUGCUAGAACAGUUACUAUUACAAAAUGUAAUUAUUUAAGCAAUGUAUGUAAGGGAAGUGAUAGUGUUAUAAUUAAUUGUUAUUACUUUUCUAUAUGUACAUAUUCAAAUUGUUCAUUCAUAGAUAAUAAAGGAAACUAUUUAUUUUCUUCAAAACCAAAUAUUGUUGAUAAUUGUUACUUUAAUGAAAACAAUUUCACUCAAACCGUAAGAGGUUAUUCAACAUUUAAAUCAAUUAAGUCGUUAGAUUUAUUUAUAUCUCAUUAUUCAACAUAUUUUUGUUCAGCAAUUAAUUUAGAAUAUAACAAUCCAUAUAAAAAAUAUGAAAAAGAAGAAUUGAAUUUGGAAGACAUCAAAAAUAUUGUUAAUAAAGUUUAUAAUACUUCAUUUGUUGAAGCUGUAAAUUUAUCUAUGUAG